ACUAGUUCAGUUGUGCCCUUCUUUGAGACUGUGCUUCCGGUUGUGCUCUUGCUUGAGUUUGUUUUUACACGAUGCUCCACCGAAUUCCGGCAUUUGUGCGUCCUCGCCCUUUCUCGGGCCUCCCUUUGUCCUGUGGAAACCUGGAAGUCGUGGUGGCUGAGCUACCUGCGGCUCGGUCCGGAGCUGUCAGGACAGAAAAUAAUAUCCAAAGACAUUUUUGCACUAGCAGAUGGAUCUGCAGCAAGAAAGAUGACCAGUCUGUUCCAGCCAAGGAAAUUUCCCAGAAGGCAGCAGAGAGCCAAGGCAGGGGGAAGGAGACUCUGAAGAAAGACCUGCUGGACGUUCUUAAGGACAUGAAAGUUGAACUGAACACAGUAAACGUGAAAACAACAAAGCCACACGGCAGAAAACUUCCUGCCAGCCUGGAGACGACCGUUGGCAGGCUCCAGAAGGCUCAGGGAGAUCCUCCCAAGAAGAGAAACGAGUUCCUGAGUCCUGAGUUGGUGGCAGCGGCGUCAGCUGUGGCAGACUCUCUACCUUUCGACAAGCAGACGACCAAGUCAGAGCUGCUCAGGCAGCUGCAGCAGCACGAGGAGGAGUCGAGGGCUCAGAAGGAUAGAGAGAAGCGCAGGAUCAGCUUCACUCACAUCAUAUCAAAUAUGAAAGUCGCCAGAUCUGCUUCCGAGAGAGGUAGUAGGAGACCACAGCACCAGAUUCAGUUUGACGAAGGAAUGGACAGUUCUUUUGACCAGGAGAAGACAACCGAUUUUAAAAGAAGGAAAUCUUUAUUCAAGGGGAAAAGACUUUCGAUUUUUGAUGCUAAGGCGUUUGCCGGUGAAGCACCUGAACCAGAAGCACCGCCUUCUCUUUGGGAGAUAGAAUUUGCUAAGCAACUGGCCAAGGUAAACGAGCAGCCCUUUGCCAAUGGAUUUGAGGAGAUGAUACAGUGGACCAAGGAGGGCAAGCUGUGGGAGUUCCCAGUCAACAAUGAAGCAGGUUUGGAUGAUGACGGUUCAGAAUUCCAUGAGCAUAUAUUUUUGGAUAAGUACCUGGAGGAUUUCCCCAAGCAAGGACCAAUUCGCCUGUUCAUGGAGCUGGUGACCUGCGGCCUUUCCAAAAACCCAUAUCUGAGUGUUAAACAGAAGGCCGAGCACAUAGAGUGGUUUAGAAAUUACUUUAAUGAAAAGAGAGAUAUUCUCAAAGAAAAUAACAUAACGUUCACCUAACAUCAAGGAGAAAACAUUUUAUUUAAACUGUUGAAGAUGUAUAUCAUAUAGCUAAAUAGAAAUUCUAUCAAAAUU